UGGCUCCAGUGCUUGUUCGAGACUGUGGGCAUAGAUUUUCGCCUUCAGCAACAUGGGCAAGGCCAAGAAGACGAGGAAAUUCGCGCUUGUUAAACGCGUUCUCAACCCCAAAGACCAGCGGUUGACGAAGAAGAAGGAAGAAAACAAACAAAAGACCACAAAAAACGGAGAACUUGUUCGAGAAAUUCCUCAGGUUGCUUCGAAUCUGUUUUUCCAGUACAAUGAGAGUUUGGGACCGCCUUAUUAUGUGAUUAUUGAUACAAACUUCAUCAACUUUUGCUUGCAGCAGAAAAUUGAGCUUUUUGAGGGUCUUAUGAGUUGUCUUUUCGCUAAGACGAUUCCUUGUGUGACGGAUUGUGUCAUUGCUGAGCUCGAAAAGCUUGGUAUUCGGUAUCGGAUCGCCCUCAGAAUCGCCAAAGAUGAACGGUUUGAACGAUUGCCUUGCUCCCAUAAGGGUACAUAUGCAGAUGAUUGCAUUGUCAAUCGCGUUAUGCAACACAAAUGCUACCUGGUUGCUACGAACGAUCGAAACUUGAAGCAGCGUAUCCGUAAGAUUCCUGGUGUGCCCAUUCUGUCUGUCGCCAACCAUCGUAUCAAAGUUGAACGACUUGUUGAUGUUGUUGACUAAGACUAUCGUCGAUCUUUUUGUAUUCCAUGCAGAUCGCACUGCUUAAAACGUAGAUCCUCAUCGAUCCUGCCGAUCAUUGUUGCUUUAUUUUGUUCUUGUUACGGUAAAAGGAAUAAAAACUGGGUUGGGUUUUUUAAUGUAUGUGC